AUGACGAAGAAACUUACAGCUCAAGAGAAACUGAAUCGAAAACCGAUACCGACAGCUUGUGUGUUUUGCCAUGAGAAGCAUUUACAAUGUGAUCUUGGUAGACCCUGCCAAAACUGCUCGAAGCGUGGGAUUGGUGACACAUGUAGGGAUAAGGAGCGUAAGCCCAGGAAACGCGGACCGCGGAAAGUUAAGAAGGAACGUGAGGUUUCGGCGUCGACAAAGUCAGAGAUAUCUAAUACUAUUAAUCAACAACUGAUCCCCGUUAUUAAUACUGCAACUGCCGUUAGCAAUAGACAAAAUUCGAGUAAAAUAAUAAAGGCCAAGCAAACUGGAGUUUCGACAAAGAAGACGAGGAUCUCCAAGCUAGCUAUGGAUUCUUUACCGUUACAAAUGCCCGUUAUAAAUUCUCCAUCUGAUAUGUUUGGGAAACAGAAGAAAGUUAUGUCGCCAGAGUUGCCGAAGAUUCCCAGUCUCACUCAGUUAUUCAACCCAACUGCAGAGCCCAUUAUCUCGGAUGCCUUGUUGCCAAGUAAUCAGAAUAGUGCAGCCAAUUUACCCUCUCUGGCUGAUAAGACUCCCUUGGAGGAAUUUAAGAAUAAACCACUUUCUGAGCGAGCACCUCAGCAGGGGCCGCAACAACCAGCACAGCAGCUGCUGCCAAUCCCAGAGAAGCUGAAUUCAGAUCAUACGAGCAGCAACAGUAGCACUGGGGAGUUCGGGAGUGUAUGGACUACGGAAGAAUAUACAAAGCUCAAUGAUAUGCUAUCGACACCAAACCUUUCCCGAAAUAACUCAAAGACAUACUUGAAUUCCAAUAUAGCGUGGUCUCCAAGUAACAUGAUGAAAAUGGAUCCUAUCACUGAAUCUCAAAGACCUAUCAAUACUCAGGAACUGCUAAAUCUCACAAGCAAUGGGUUGAAAAGGACGCAUUCCAGGCCGCACAUAUCGUUAGAUCAAAUGGCAAGUGAAUCUAAAAGGCAUUCUGCAAAUGAUACGUCACCGGAAUCUCAAGGUGGUGAAACUGUGGAGAAUUUGAGUCCAUACAGGUUUAGAUUACUGGUUAAGACACCUGAGGACUUGUACAAACAUCAAGCUUUAAUUCAACCGCAUAAUUAUAAGUCAGCUUAUCUGGAACUGUUAAGAUUUUUGAGAUGGAGAUUCAUUAAUUCAGAUAAACCUUCCUCGGGUAAAUCUCAGAGGGAUGGCCCCGAGCAAUUGCAAAAUAUAGCCCACUCUAUUAAAACACAUUAUGCACCAAUAUUCGUUACACUAACUAAUAGUUUAAUUGCUCAAGAUUUAAAAUUACAAGAAAUUAUUCUCCAAAGGGCAUUGUUAGAGUAUGAAAGCAUGGCCAAACUUGUAAAUUGUACCCCAAUGUGUAUAUGGAGAAGGUCAGGGGAGAUAUGCUUUGCUUCUAAUGAAUUUAUAUCCCUUACCGGGUUCAACAAAAAGGAGAUUUUAAACAAACGAAAGUUUAUCAUGGAAUUCAUGGACAAUGAAAGCAUAGUAGAUUACUAUGAUAUAUUCCAUGAGUAUUUGGCAUUUGGUUCAACUCAAAGUGGGCCCUUCAAUUCAUCGACCGGAACUUCUGAUGGUCAGGCUAUUUUUAGCGAAUGUAACCUUUUGUUAAAGAAUGGAUGCUAUCUACGGUGUGCAUGUAUUUGGACAGUUAAAAGAGAUGCAUUUAAUAUUCCAAUGUUAAUAAUGGGCCAGUUCUUACCAAUUUUCGAUAUUGAAUGA